GCUGUCAAGCCACCGUCACAACUCACUAGCCACAGAAAUUGCACGCCACUUCUGAUUCGACCUCUAUUCAUGCAAGAACAUGUGGAAUUCAAACACCCAUAUACUAAGUGGACAACAAAACCAGCAGAAUGAAAUUUAUUGCUUCGUGAUUCUCCAUUUCCCUCAAGGAUUGAUACAAUCUUAAAUUUGCCCAGUAUGAGUGGGAGGCUGCUAUCGGCGAGGCUUCUGCCCGCAGCUCAACGUAUCAACUCACAAUCUGCCAGACAUUUCCAUCACAAGGCGGUAUCUACCGCUGGUGGUCUACUCAGAUCAGAAUCCGCCGUUCGUAUUGCAAGGGGGAGAUUAUGGCCAGCAGGACAUACGCCAUUUUCAAAUGCUGUGGUCGUUCGAAAUGCUUCAUUUGUUCGCAUUCUACCAAACAUAUUGUUAAAGUUUGCAAGAAUACCUGCUCUUUUCGCUGGAGUGACUGUUGGUGGUUUAGCAUAUAUCCAAUACCAGGCUGCCCAGGCUGGUAAUUAUGUUGCUGACAUUUUCAACCAAACAACGAAUACUGUGUCUGGCGUAGCAGGAGGUCUGUUUGGCAGUGCAAAAGAUAUUGCAAGUCAAACACGAGAAGGAUGGGAGAAAACGAAAGAAUCUGUUGAGUUGCCGGAGUGGAUGCAAAAGGUAUUACGGAUUCAUGAAGAGAUUGGAGAAGGAAAUGGUGGUGGAGGUGGGGGAGGGGGCCCUGGCGGGGAACCACCCAAACAAAGUAGAAUGGGAGCUGCGGCUGCAGGAGGAAGUGCUGCCGCCUACGGAUAUGACCAAUAUUCAGAAGACGACAGAUCUCCAGCAGUCGCUGCCCGAGAUGAUCAAAUGAUGGUUUUGACCAAAAAAAUGAUUGAGAUCAGAACUAUAUUGCAGACUGUGGGACAGUCAAAUGCUCUUACUUUACCAUCAAUAGUUGUGAUUGGUUCACAAUCAUCGGGGAAAAGCUCUGUGCUAGAGGCAAUCGUAGGACAUGAAUUCCUACCCAAGGGCUCAAAUAUGGUUACACGACGGCCCAUAGAGUUGACCCUCGUCAACACCCCUGAUUCACAAGCGGAAUAUGGAGAAUUUCCUGCUCUUGGUCUAGGAAAGAUUACCGACUUCUCACAUAUCCAGAGGACAUUGACGGAAUUGAAUUUGGCCGUUCCUGACACAGAAUGUGUUUCCGAUGACCCAAUUCAGUUGACCAUCUCGUCACCCCAUGUUCCUGAUUUAUCCCUCAUCGAUCUUCCUGGAUAUAUCCAGGUUGUUGGUGAAGAUCAACCUUUGCAAUUGAAGCAGAAAAUAGCCGAUUUGUGCGACAAGUACAUUCAGCCUCCCAAUGUCAUUCUUGCUAUAUCUGCUGCAGACGUGGAUUUAGCCAACUCAACUGCUUUGCGAGCAAGCCGAAGAGUUGAUCCACGAGGUGAACGUACCAUUGGCGUCAUCACAAAGAUGGACUUGGUAGAUCCUGCCAGAGGAGUCUCCAUCCUCAAUGAUCGAAAAUACCCCUUAAGACUUGGUUAUGUUGGUGUUGUGUCACGAGCACCACAACAAUCACAAACUAGAUCAUUGUUCAAAGCAGGAAAUGGAAGCAUCUCAGAAGCCAUCAUCAAGAAUGAGCACGCAUUCUUCUCAUCUCAUCCUAUGGAGUAUGGACCUGAUGCCGGACUAAAUGUUGGCACUACCACUCUCCGUAAGAAGCUUAUGCAUGUACUCGAACAAACCAUGGCGGCGAGUCUUCAGACUACUAGCGAUGCCAUCCACCAAGAGCUUGAAGAAGCGACUUAUGAGUUCAAGGUCCAAUAUAACGACCGUCCUCUAUCUGCAGAAUCUUACCUUGCCGAGAGUCUCGACGCUUUCAAGCAUUCAUUCAAGGAAUUUGCCGAAACUUUUGGACGACCACAAGUUCGUGAGAUGCUAAAGGAAGAGCUUGAUCAGCGAGUGUUAGAUCUUCUCGCAGCACGUUACUGGAACAGACCUAUUUCGGAUCUUUCACCUUCAUCACCAGAACCCAACACACUAGCCGAGCUCCCAACAGCUGACCCCGACUCCCUAUUCUGGCAUCGUAAACUUGAUGCCUCUACCUCUGCCCUCACAAAACUUGGUAUUGGCCGUCUUGCAACUCAAGUUGUAGCCAAUGCAAUCCAAAGCCAUGUUGAUCGUUUAAUAUCUCAAUCGACGUUUGCAGCUCACCCAUUUGCUCGUCAAGCUAUCACCGAUGCUGCAGCUGGCAUUUUGAAUGAGAGGUUCUAUAGCACAAGUGAUCAAGUUGAGAACUGCAUAAAGCCAUAUAAGUUUGAAAUCGAUGUUGAAGAUAGUGAAUGGUCACGGGGCAGAGAAAAUGUUACGUCUGUGUUGAAGAAUGAGCUCAAAGCUUGUGAAGAUGCAUCUAAGAACUUAGAGCAACAUGUUGGUGGAAGAAAGAAGUUGAGAGAUGUAAUGAGCUUUGUGGAUAAAGCUCGAAAAGGUGAAAUUAUUGUUGAUGGCGACGCUAGUGGUGCUGGUGGAUUCAGUUCUGCUUUAUUACAAAAAGGUCGUGAAGCGGUCUUCCUCCGCGAUCGCUCCACCCUCCUUGCCCUUAGACUCAAAGCUCUAAAAUCCACCCAAUGCGCCUCCCUCAAAAACAAGUACUAUUGUCCCGAAGUCUUCCUCGACGUCGUCUCCACCAAACUUACUUCUACUGCCGUUCUCUUCUUAAAUGUCGAGCUUCUCUCCGAAUUCUUCUACCAAUUCCCCAGAGAAUUGGAUCAAAGAUUAGGCAGAGGUUUAACAAAAGAAGAAGUUGAGAAAUUUGCGAGGGAGGAUAAGAAGGUCGAGAGACAUCUAGAAGUUAUUAGGAGGAAAGAGUUAUUGGAGUUGGUCCUGGGGAAAAUGGAAGGCUUGAGGGAUUUACGCGAGUUGGAUAACGGGGAAGCAAGAAGGCCUCAGAGGGGCCCCAAGAAUGGGAGAGGAGGACCUGGAAAGGAGGGUGUGAGGGGCCCUGGUGGGAAAGAAAAUGGAAGGGGUGGAUGGAGUUUGUUUUAGUUGAUAGAACGUUUUGGCGAAAAUGGAAUGUGAAAGGGAGGUUGGAUUGAUGAAGAAUUCUUAGCAGGCGAGCAAGCGAAAGCAACGAAUGAUUGCGGCGUUAGGGAUCGAUUGAAAAGGAAUAGUACGAAAAUGUUGUAUAUCCUUGUUUGGGUUGAUAUUUGUUUGGUGGUGGUGGUUGUCGAGGAGAUACCUAUUCCUUUAUCCACUCUACAUGACAUGAUGAAUGCAACGACUUUUUUUUUGCAAUAUUCUCA